AAAAAUGAACUUCACCAAAGGAACUUUUUCUUCUCAUUCAUUAUACACAUCCAGCUGGGGAACAAUCGAAUCAAACGGGUCUGAAAGCCGUUGGGGGUGAAAAGUAACGGUUACGAAAGUUUUUGCCGUUUAAUCGUUAAUAAUAAAGAAGCAGCCUGUCCGUGAGGUUCACGAUACUGUGCCUAGUAUGGCGUAGUUCGAAUAAUUCAUUGAACAGAGUGUACACUCUGAACGUAGUCGAGAGUCAAAGAAAUCGAAUGACUAAUCAGUGACAAAAGAGUGGCGACUUGAUUCGUCAGUAACUCUACGUAUUUCUGUGAGGAAAGUCAGGAGGGAAGGAAAAAAAAGGGAAAGGACGUCUUUGACUGGCAUUAACGAAAUGCGCAAAGUUUGGUCGUUUUAUAUUGCCAUCCUUGUGGCGGGGUUGUGCAGAUCGCGCGAUUUAACUUUUGUGCACGGGAACGAUGACAAGGCUUAUUAUUGUCGGAUUUGUCCAGAUCACGUCAUGUGCUUAUAUCAGUACGACAAUUGCUUGCAGAAAUGCAACGACCUAGAAAACGACGAUCUGGAAAGUCUGGAAAUCGAAUCGAUUCUCAAGCAUCAUAACGAACUACGAAAUCGUAUAGCGCAAGGGGUAGAAGUUCGUGGUAAUCCAGGUCCACAGCCACCCGCUCGUAACAUGCUGGAACUGGCCUGGGACUACGAGCUGGCUGGAAUCGCACGUCGAUGGGCCCUGCAGUGCGAACCCACCCAGAAGGAUCAGUGCAGAGACGUCGAACGCUUUCAAGUAUGGCAGAACGUUCAUGUACUCGAUUUGGAUGCCGUGGAGGAAAGUACGCCCUUAGUGCGGAUUACAUCACAUAUUCAAUCCUGGUACGACGAAGUGGACCAAUUUGACAGUUCUGAAGUCGGAUUGGUGGAUUACAACAGUCCAAAUUGUUCAUCGUACGUAGCAUUCGCAACGGCGACGAUAAAUUACGUGGGUUGCGCAAGAGCGACGUACACCGUCAACUUGAGUGAAUUCGAGCUGGAGCCAACCAGCGCGACGCUGAACAAGACAGGCAAUCGAGUGGAAGUACUCGUCUGCAAUUAUGGUCCGAUCGAUCGAAAAGUACCGCGACACCUUUACGAGUUCGAUGGGAUUCCGGGUGUGUGUCCCGAUGGUACUUUACCGAGUACCGACUAUGAAUGGCUGUGCGCGAGAGAUCCCGAGGCGGAUUAUAUUAAGAAGAAGAAGCAGCAACGCCUGGUCCAUGGUAAACGGGAGGACUCCAAGAAGAUGAACAACGUCGGGUUUACGACAGUCUCUCUCCAUCUGAUGGGAUUAACAGUGAUAUUAUCAGUCCAUGGAUUUAUGUGAAUAUUUGCCAUCGCACUGAUCGAAAACUUUUUCAUGCGCGUGUCAUCAAUAAAAAUAAACGAUCGUUAACCUUCAUUCGCACGACGAUAAUUAGCUGCACCCGUACGACCCGGGACCAAUAAAUCAUUCAGAUCGGUCGGUACCGGAAUGCUAAAGCAAAUACCGAACCAUUCGUAGUGCUUGACGCGCGCGCAUAUAAUAAAUACAUAAAUGAUGCAAAUUGCAUAUCAAUCAUGGUAGAUACAACGCAGUACUUUUAUAUUUUCUUCGUAUUAAUAUAUUCGCGUGGCCUACGGUUGCUUUUACGUAACCUCGUUGUUAGAACUGUAAUAACAAUACCAAUGGCUGCUACCAACUCCACGCCCAUAACACCCUAGAAUUACUAGUCAGAAAAAGCUAUAUCGAUAUUUCGUCUGCUAAAGAUAAUACAAAUUGAUAACUCGGUCGUUCGCUUGGACACAAAAAUCUUGACAUCCACCAAGGAAAAGGAUAUUAGCCGUGUUUCCCGGUUAUCUUUCAGUUUUCGACUGUCCAGUACCUUGUUACUUGUACGGUAGUACCUUUUAAAAAAUAAAACAAAUUUACACGUAUGAGAAAUUGCUUAGGAACUUGGUACGAUAAUCGCUCAUCCGCAUCUAACUGUAAGUACUACUGAUAUCUACUGUGUACACAGUACCGCCCUAGGUUAAAAUAUGCACACAUGCUAUUUCCUCGUUUGUGACGAAAUUAAACUAUUUUUCGAAA